AUGGGUCCUGUCACCAAAGUGAAGUUCUUCUACCAAGCCGUGUUCCUUCUUUGCCUCGGCUGCGGCCUUCAGUGCUUUUCAUCUUUCAGCCUCUUCGAUUUUGAGGCUCCUGUGAUUUUCCUCGGGGAGAAAACUGACCAGUUUGGCUAUCGUGUUAUCCAGACAAGAUCCGGUGGCACUUCCUGGUUGGUAGUGAGCGCUCCCUUUGCAAACAAUCGGACAGGUUCCCUUUUCCGAUGCUCAUACGAUACACAGAAAUGCCAAUCAAUUGUCCUCAACCACAUUCCUAGAAUAUCCUUGGGUGUUUCAUUGGCUGCUGAUGAAGCAUCUGAAUCCAAAAUAAUGGCCUGUGGUCCCACCUGGGAACGACGCUGUGGGCAACUCGAUUAUCUGAACGGCAUCUGCUAUAUUCUAAAUGACUUCGAUGGAAAUGUGAAGAAGAUCCAGCCAACUUUCCAAGAGUGCGUCUUUGGUGUGGAUGCUGUGAUUUUAUACGAUGAUUCUGGGAGCAUUAGUGACCACAACCUCCGCAUCAUGAAGGACUUCUUUCUGAACUUGAUGGACUCGGUAGCUGGGGCAAAUGUACAGUUUGCCGUGGUUCAGUACUCCUCUAUAUUCACGCUUGUUUUUGAUUUCGCGACCUAUAAUAACACUAGAGAGAAGAUUAAAGAUCUUAUCCACAACUUUGGUCGUUUUAGAGGAGAAACCUACACUCCAUCUGCUAUUGUCCAUGUGGUGGAUAAAGUCUUCACAGUAAAUCGUGGCGUGCGCCCUCACAGCAAGAAACUGCUCAUUGUCCUGACGGAUGGCAUCUCCAAUGACAGAAGUACCACAUUUAAAGAGGCAACAGAAGCUGCCAAUAAAAAAGGGAUAAUCCGCUAUGCCAUUGGGGUGGGUCAGAAUUUCUUGACGGCUCAAGAUGAGCUGCGCAGAAUCGCUUCAUCAAAUGAAAAUGUCUUCCCCGUGGAAAGUUUUGACGCACUUGAUCAGCUUCAGAAACAGCUGGAGGAUAAGAUCUUUAAUAUUGAAGGAGUCUCUAAACCAUUGCCUGAUGCCUUGCCUAGCAGUUUUUUCGAGAAAGAAUUUUCCCAAGGUGGAUUCAGCUCCCUUCUUACACCAGAGCAUGCAGUGACUGGAGCUGUUGGUGCUUAUAGCUGGACUGGAGGUUUGGAAGAAGCAUCCUUUGGAGAACCUCCUCAGAUCAAAUUCCUGAAUGUCAGCAUCGAUGAGUCGUAUAUAGGUUACUCUGUGGCUUUAGCUCGCUUUCACCAAAGGACCUUCUACAUCACUGGAGCUCCUCGGUACCAGCACGUUGGCCAAGUCCUGGUCUUUGAAAGCAAGAGUGGAAGCUUAAUAGGGAAUAUUCAGGGUCAACAGGUGGGCUCUUACUUUGGUGCUGAACUUGCCUCCGUGGACUUAAAUGAGGAUGGAAAUACGGACCUCCUUCUAAUUGGGGCUCCUCAUUACUACAAUGGAAGCCAAGGUGGGAAUGUCCAUGUCUCCUCCAUCAACAGCACGGGUAAUCUUGUUCACCUUCAAACGUUGCAUGGAGUCCCGGAUAAUGGACUUGGCCUUUUUGGGGCAGCUCUAGCCGCAUUAGGGGAUAUCAGUGGCGAUGGCCUUACGGACGUGGCCGUAGGAGCCCCGAUGGAGAAUGAAAAUCGGGGGGCCAUCUAUAUCUUCCUGGGUGAAGCAGACCGACUGAAGGAAGUGCACAGCCAGCGGAUUUCUGCCACCUCUGUUUCUCCCGUGCUCCAGUUUUUUGGACAAUCCAUCCAAGGAAGGUUGGAUCUGAGCAGGGAUGAGCUGACCGACUUAGCCAUUGGAGCGCUUGGAAGUGCAGUGGUGCUUCGAUCCCGGCCUGUUUUCACUGUCCUCACUUCACUGAGAUUCUCCCGUGAUUCGAUCCCUCUGGAUGAUCCAGACUGUGGAAGCAGGAAGAUUUCAAGAAUUGAUUCUCGUGGGCAAGUCAGUCUUUGCUUCACCUUAACUCUACUCAGCAUGAAAUGGAGCUCUGGUUCUUUGAAAGCCAGAAUUGACUUCAGCCUCCACGUUGAUGUUAAACAGACCUUGCCACGCCUGAUGCUAGAGAACGAGACACCCAGUUUUUCAGAUUCUCUCCAAAUUGGAAUUAUGCCCAUCUGCAUCAACAAGACUCUGUGGGCUCAGGUCUGCCUGGAUGACUCCUUCUCUCCAGUUGUGCUGCAGACAAAGCUCUCAGUUCAGGAACAACCAGUUGUCUCUGACAGGAAUCUGCGACCCGUCCUUCAUCCUGAGACAAAAACCUCCAUGGACAUUGAGGUUCCCUUCCAGAAAGACUGUGGUGAGGAUGGAAUUUGUGUUUCUGAUCUUUCCGUAUCUUUUAACUUCUCAGGAUCUAAAGGACUGAAGCUGAGUCCAAAUUUCAUACUAAACCUAACAGUGGAACUAAAAAAUCUGGGAGAAUUGGCAUAUGAGCCGGUUAUUUCCUUUUACUAUUCUUCUGUUUUGUCCUUCCAGGGAGCUUCAGUUCUUCAGUCGAAUUGGCCCCUGUUCCUGGCUUGUCAGAUGCACAGAUCCCAAGGAAAUGACACCGUGCGCCAUAGCUCCUGCCGUUUCAGGCCGCCUGCUCUCAAGGGAGGCACUCGGGCCUUCCUCUGGGUUUCCUUCCGCUCCUCCAAAGGCGAUACCUGGCCUGACAAAUUUGUUUACUUCACCAUCCGUGCACAAAGUCAGAAUGAGAGCAACAUGCAGAACAAUGAGGCUACCGGCCGGCUACCUGUUUUGUACCCCAUCAACGUCAUAGUGAAAGAGCUUCAGUCCACUGCAUAUCUCAACUUCUCUACUGAGGACCCAGGGAAGAAAAUACUUACACAUAGCUAUGAGGUGAGGAAUUUCGACUCAAACUCCACUGCAGUCAAUGUGACUUUUGAGCUGCCUUUGAUGACAAAACAGGGGUUCUUUUGGAAUAUAACACCAUCCUACAGCAAUGUGAAAAAUCACUUCUCCUGCACACCGUUGUUUACGCUCAGAACAGGAAUCAACAGGAAGAAUGUCACAAAACCCAUCAAGAGAGGCUGUCAGGGGGCUGUUGCUUGCCCCAAAGUUUACUGCUUUAUCAACAGUCUUGCUGAGGGAGAAUGGAUCAGAUUCAAUUUUUCUGGAGAUUUUUACAGAGAAGACAAAUCUCUCAAACUGAAGUACGAAAUAUUCCACGUUGGCAGCGAGGCGUCCAUAAGAGUGGAUGAGACCAGAUUUUUCCUGAACGAACAAGAGGGUUUUCAUUUCAGCCAGAUCUUCACACAAAUUGAGUUAAUUUCGCCGUUCAAUCCUGUCCCCAUCAUCAUUGGCAGCACCAUUGGAGGCAUUGUGCUUUUAGCCAUUAUAGUGGCUGUCUUGUAUAAGUUUGGAUUCUUUAAACGCAAGCGUGUACCCCAAAUGGAUGCAAAUGCAGCUGGAGCAGCUGCUCCCAGUGACCAAGCUCCUGCAACUUCAGCUGCUUCCUAAGGGAGGAAGGGAUUCUGGAUCUGGAUGCAACUUGGAAGCCAGGAUUCCCGCUUUGUCUGGAACAGGAAUAAUACAGCCAGUCGAACAGGAUCGAAAAACGGAGAGGCAGGACCUCUAGAAUAGAUUACUCGGAAACGAAUGGAAGGGAUGGGGAGGGAUUGAGAGACGAGAGGGCUAGAAGCUAAG